AAGUUGUUAAACUGCUGGUCACAUCAGGAAGCUUUGGAAAAGGCUGUGAUUUUUGUAGAAGUUGUGACCAUGGUGUUAACUCAGCUUGGAUCAAGAUAUUUGGAGAAGGAACUAAGCUCAUUGUAACUUCUCAUGGUCAAAGCUUUAACAGCGGUAUUUCCCCCAAGCCCACUGUUUUUCUUCCUUCAGUGGCUGAAACAAUUCUCCACAAGGCUGGGACAUUUCUUUGUCUUCUGGAGAAUUUUUCCCCUGAUGUUAUUAAGGUAUAUUGGAAAGAAAAGGACAGGAAUACAAUCCUUCAAUCCCAGCAGGGAGACACCAUGAAGACUAGUGACACCUACAUGAAGCUUAGCUGGUUAACUGUGACUGGAGAGUCCAUGACUAAAGGGCACAAAUGUAUCGUCAGACACGAGGCUAAUGAAGGAGUGGAUCAAGAGAUUCUCUUUAGGCCCCUAAAGGAAGUUGUCACUGGUGAUUCUGAAGCUUGUUUAAAACAUGAAACUGGUUUGCCGCGCCUGCAGCUCAUCAGCACCUCGGCCUACUACACCUACCUCCUGCUGCUGCUCAAGAGCGCCCUCCACGGGGCCCUGGUCGUCUUCUGUCUGCUUAGAGGAUCCGAAGUCGGCUGUGCCCGGAAGAGUGCAGGACAGAUGGAGGCAGAGCAGCAUCUCCAGGGUUUCGGGUUCUCAGCAGCAUCUGCCGAGCGUCUGUCCGGCUUUUGAGGCUUGGGCUCCUGAAGUACACUUACCCAUUAUUCUGUCAUUAUCGCAACCACUGAGCAAACUCCGCGACUUCCCGCUGUCCCAAGAUGCAGCCCCUGCCGCCUCGUUCCCCGUAUCCCCCAAAGUCCCUCCAGCCGGCCAGGUCCUCGCAGCCUCGUUGUGCACGGUUCCUGCUUCUGGUCACGGCCUCAGUGGCCCUGGACCAGGUCCCCCUGGAAGCCUCUGCUCUAUCCACCCUGAUACGGCCUUCUUUGCUAUCGAACUGCACUUUGUUUUUCAUAGUAGACACAAUAAAGUAAAAACAUCAGCACAA